AUAAAAAUCUGGAUCUGAAAAAAAAAUCCAUCUCAAAUUGAAUUUUCCUUCUUUAAUAAUUAUGUCUUCUCCAAGUAAAAUAUUACAAAUAAGAGUUCCUUGUUCCUCGUCAAAUAUAGGACCAGGUUUUGAUGUACUUGGAGUUACAUUGUCAUUAUAUUUAACCUUAACCGUUAAAAUUCUACCAAAACAUUCGAAUUUACCGAAUUUUAAUGAACAUAUAGUAUUAGCUUAUAGUGGAGAAGGUAGCUCACAUGUGCCAUUAUCAAUUAACCAAAAUUUAAUCACUAAAACAGCGUUAUUCGUACUAGCUUCACAUAAUAUAAAUGGAUUUCCUUCGCCAAUGAUCAUAAAUAUUAAUAAUGAAAUUCCAUUUGGUAGAGGUUUAGGUAGUAGUGGAGCAGCUGUAGUUGCUGGUGUGAUUUUAGGAGAUAUAGCAGGAGAUCUCAAAUUAACUAAAGAUAGAUUAUUAGAUCAUUGUUUAAUGAUUGAAAGACAUCCCGAUAAUGUUACUGCUGCUUUAAUGGGUGGGUUUGUUGCAUCUUAUUUACGCGAAUUGGAUUCUAAAGACAUCGAAGCUCCUGCUAUUCCUCAUUCGGAAACUCUUGAAGAUGGAAUAACUGCUAAUGAGCAAGCAGUUAAACAAAAAGAACUAACAGUACCGAAUGGGAUAGGUCAUUAUAUUAGAUUAAAAUGGGCUAAAGAAAUUAAAGCUAUUACUAUUAUUCCUCAAUUCGAAGUUGCUACUGCUACUGCUAGAAGUGUAUUGCCAAAUACUUACGAAAGACAAGAUGUGGUAUUUAAUUUACAGCGAUUAGCUGUUUUAACAACUGCUCUUUCGCAGUCACCUCCAGAUGCUGAUUUGAUAUUUCAAGCGAUGCAAGAUAAAAUACAUCAACCAUACCGUAUGGAAUUGAUUCCUGGAUUAUCAGAAAUUUUAUCGAGUGUAAAUCCAAAAACAGUUCCAGGAUUUUUAGGCAUAUGUUUAAGUGGGGCAGGACCAACGAUUUUAGCUUUAGCAGUUAAUAAUUUUGAUUUAAUUGCUGAUAGAAUAACAGAAGUUUUAAAAAGAAAAAAAGACACUCAAGUGAUUGUAAAAACGUUAGAUAUCGUUGAUGAAGGUGCUCAAGUUAUUGAAUUGACCGAAAGUAGUUAAAGUGAUUGAUUAAAAAAUCAUUAUAGGUAGGAAGAAUGUAUUUUUUUAUAUUAAAAGUAUUAGAUUUAAUAGAGAAUUUUUUUUAUAAAAUAUGCAUAUCAUACCAAGGAAUUAUUAUUAUUAGAAU